GAUUGAGAAAGCAAUCGGUUUGAUAAGUCAACUGACUGUUUAUCGACUCCAAUAGACUCUUGACAGUCUGGCUUUACGUUUUCUCAGCAUAGUUUCAUGUCUCAAGAUUUCUUGUGUUUCGAAAUUUAUUUUUAAAUGGACAAUUGAAUUAAAGCAUGUCCUCUGACAAUGACUGACAGUGACUCGUGUCGUGCAAAAAAUAUUGAUGAGUGAUAUCAUUAGAACUAGUGUAAGAUAAAUAAUAAUAAUUAUCAAAGAUACUUUGUUUUUUAUGAUUCUCAUUCACGUGUUUGUUAUCUUUACUACCAAUGUUACCAAUCGUUAAUCAAGAUUACAUUUCAUCAUCUCUCAACAUUCGAAAGAUUGGUCAUCAACCUCAAGAGCGGAUAUCCAACCAUCCACUGAUUAUAUAGAAGCCUUUGGUCGUUCAAGAACUCUGAUUUGCCGGCAAUUUCAAAUCAAAAAGUUUAUUUUUGAUUAUUUUAAUUGAGAAUUAAACUUGAAUGAUCAUUUUGGAUAUUAAAAAUAUGCUUACAAGUACUUAAAUAAAUUCAAAGCAUCUUUUACGUGGAUUUUAUGAUAUUUGUACAACAACAAGCUAUUAAGUUGUGAAACUAGACUAUUAAUUGAUCAAUUCUGUUUCAUUAACGCUUGGAUGUCGUGAUAAUAGAUCUUGAACGCAAUUGAAUCAAAGUCAGUUUGAAGUACACUAAAUAUUUAUUUAUUGAAAAAGGAUGGUUGAAUCUCCAGAAAAAUGGUACUUUCAUUGGGCUGAUUGGGUUGUUUUUGGCUUGAUGCUAUGCUUUUCAGCAUCGGCAGGAAUUUGGCAUUUUAGGAAUGCAAAAAAAUCAACAACUCUUGAAUACCUUUUGGGUGGAAAGAGCCUUGGCAUUUUUCCAGUUUCUGCUUCUCUCAUUGCCAGUUUUAUAUCAGGAAUUACCAUUUUGGGAACACCCGCAGAAAUUUAUAAUUUUGGUACACAAUAUUGGAUAACAAUUAUUUCACUUUUAUUCAGUGGAAUUAUUGUUAGUAAUGUUUAUUUACCAGUAUUUAUGACUCUCAAACUUAACUCUUGUUACGAGUAUCUUGAAAUAAGAUUUAAUCGAGCUGUGAGAAUAUUAAUAUCAUUCAUUUUUGUAAUAGAUGUGGUAUUGUAUCAAUCGAUUGUUGUUUAUGUACCUGCCCUUGCGCUAAAUCAAGUUUCGGGCAUAAGUAUUCAUUUAAUCGGUGGGAUCGUGUGUUUUAUCUGCGUUUUUUAUACGGUUUUGGGUGGGAUUAGAGCUGUUGUUUGGACAGAUGCUUUUCAAGUCGGUAUAAUGAUCGCUGCGGUUUUAACUGUCACGAGCUUGGGCACUUAUCAACUUGGUGGAACAGCAGAAGUUUGGAAAAGAGCGUUAGAUGCCAAAAGAAUACAGUUUUUUAACUUUGAUCCUUCACCGUACACGAGACAUACUGUUUGGUCGGUCCUAAUUGGAUCCUGUCUGUAUAGUACUUCAUACAUUUCAGUAAACCAAACAAUGGUGCAGAGAUAUAGCUCGUUACCAACUACGAAAGUUUCGAAAAUGUCAUUGGGAAUUUUUACAAUAGGAGUAAUGCUUUUUAUAUCCUUGACAUGUUGGUGUGGUCUUGUACUAUUGGCUUGGUGGGCACCACCAGAAUGUGAUCCAAGAUUAUCAGGACUCGUUAAAACUGACGAUCAAAUGCUGCCUGCUUAUGUCAUGCAAAUUGCUGGUCAUCUGCAUGGAAUCCCAGGUCUUUUCAUUGCUGGAAUUUUCAGUGCUGCUUUGAGCACUUUAUCGGUAGGAUUAAAUUCUACUUCUGUAGUGCUACUAGAAGAUUUUGUAAAAGGUUGCUUCAGGCUAAAGCCUAAUGACCAUGCAUCAACGAUUUUUGUAAAAACGGUUGUUAUCCUUCUGGGGCUCUUUGCUAUGGGAUUCUUGUUUGUUGUAGAACGACUAGGAGGAGUCUUAGCUGUAACAGGAAGUUUAGCUGCAAUAGCUGCAGGAACAUCUUUUGGAGUAUUCACAUUGGGAAUGUUAGUUCCAUGGGCAAAUUCAAAAGGUGCAUUUGUGGGUGCAAUCGCGGGUUUCAUAAUUUCCGGAUGGUCGAGUCUUGGUGCCAACGCAAUGAUUGGAACAGGAGCUAUAAUACCUAAGAAGCUUCCCAUUGAUCUUACUUAUUGUCCGAGUAAUAUUAGCGAGAGUAUUUUAAAUCAAUUUCCUAUUGAUCACGAUGAAGAAGAUAUAUUUCCUUUAUAUCGUCUUUCGUAUCAUUGGUUUGCGGGUUUGGGAACCGUCACAGUAGUCUUGGUGGGGGGAAUAGUGACCUGGAUAACAGGACCAAGAAAUCUAGAAAACAUCGACAGAGACUUAUUCUCUCCUGUGAUUCAUAGGUUUCUACCGGAAACGAAGAGUAGUUUGAGUAUUGGAGAAUGGAGUCAACGGACUUCAGAUAGUCAAGCUAUUCCAAAUAGUUUGAAUGAAACUUCAAGAACACAUUUUCAGUCAACUAUUGUCUCAGAAUCGACUGAUGCUACUCUUUGACCAAAAAAAAAUGAAUUUCUUUUAAUGUAAAAAUUGAUGGAAGAUUUUUAUAAUAAUUAUUAUCAGUAUUUGAUAUAAAAUCCCGUAGAUUGACAAAAUUAAAUGGAAUUGGACAAGAAGAGUAGAGAAAUUACAGUUGAAUGCUUCAAUUUGAAAAACAAAUGGUGCUGAUUGAUACAAAUGUAUCUCGAGCGUAUAAAUUAUAUUAUAAAAUUAUAUAGAAUGCAUGAACAAAUCGAGAGGAUGGAUUUUCGGAUUCAAGAGUGUUAGAUACGCGUAAAAUAGUGUAAGUUGAAUUGACGCUUCGAAGCUGAGAGAACUAGUAACUAAGUUUGUUUGAUUUUCAAGCUUUGGUGAUUCUCAGUGACCACCAAGCGAGUAAGGUACACUGAAAGCUCUACACCUGCCGUCUGACCAGGAUAUUAACCGGCUUGUUAAGGCAAAGCAACGUCAAACAUCCUUAUUAAGGCGACGCAAAUAGGUCGGUCGCGCGCCCCGUUUACUUGCCCUGCAAAUUCAAUUUUCGCCAGCCAAAGUGCGGUCAUUCAAAAGCGACAGCGACUGAGACUAGUCUCUUUAGCACAAUAUUGUUGAGCUUUUAGCAAUAAACAGGUUCAUCGUAAAUCACGUUACAGUAUUGGCCAAUAAUAAUACCACCAUUUAAUUCUACUUUGAAAUUAUUAAUUAGUAGUUUGUUGUUUUUGUUAAUUAGAUAGUUUAAUUAAAUUAUCAGUUUAAACUAUUACUCUCCUCUUGUGAACAGGAAAUUAUUAUUUUACGUAAAGAGAAUAUUAAUAUUAGAUACAAUAAGUAAUUUAUUAUUAAGCUUCAAUAUAUGUACGUAUUUAAAUGUUCUAAUAGUAAUUCAACAUGAAAUCAAUUAAUAUUAGUUGCUUCAAAGUUUCUAUUGAAAUGGUAUUAGAAUGAAUCAUUCACUGAUUAUGCACAAUUUUGACCACAAUAGAAGUACAUAUCAAAGCUUUAACUGUUUGAUUAGUUGAAGUAAAUUUUCAACUGCAGUACGUGGGCUUUACUUGGUGCAGUUAAAUGAAAGAAGACUUGUGAUAGUCUGUAGUUACAAUCAGAAACAUGUAGCAUUCAGUCCAUCGAGUAGAUGAAAGUGUGUGCGACGAAUUGAACAUGUGGAUGAUGUGGACGUACGGAGAAAUCAAGAUCGCGAGUCUGCGUGCGAGAGAGGUCGUAGUUUGAAUGGGGCUAGUUUGAGAUAGUUAGCGGGCCUUCAAGAGUACAAUCGGCCGCGAUUGGUUCGCCCGGCCUACAAUCACACGCCGAAUUAUACAUCCUUUAACGCUGAGAUCUUGCAAAUCCAUGCACGCACGCUUUAACGAUUGGUCAGGCUUUCUUUUCUAUUUUGCAUUCAUAACAGUUCAUAAUUUUUCUUAUUUAUCUUUUUUUCAAAUUUUUAUAUCAAUGCAAUCAAGUACUGCUUUCAAGUGAAAUUAGUCGUUGAUUACGUCUUAAUUAAUAAUUUAAUAAAUUGCUUGAAAUUUUUGAUUAAAACAAAAAAUGUUAAUAUUGGAGAACAUUGGUGGUGAAUGACAAUAAGAAAAUAUAUUUAAAAUAUUACUUAUAAUUAAAAGUAUAAUAUAUUUUUAUACUUCACAAGAGAAAGAUGAUGAUCAAUAAUAGUUUCUAUUCGAAGAAUGUUAUUAAAAUUUCUGUUUAUAUUAUUAGCCAAAUGAAAAAUAAUUCAUUAACAUAAUUUAAUGUAUCAGAGCGCGAAAAUCUUAUAGAUAAAUAUUAUUCGUCUAAUCCGUUGCCGAGCUACCGUACUAUCUUAAAGUUAUCUCGACCAUAGAAUUGGGUUCUUAGAGAGUUAAUUGGACUUAGGAUACUGAAUGUUAGUGGGAAAAUAGAUACUAAAGUCUUUAGAUAAACAGGGCGUAAGAAAUUGCGUUAAAACUUUGUUUAACUAUAAGUAAACACAAUGCAAUUGUAUAGAAUAGCUGUAAUAAAAUACAUUGUCGCAAUAUAA